AUGGCCUCCUCGGACGCAAAGCCCGCGCAGGACAAGACCGCCGCCGCCGCGGAUCCCAAGGCCGACGAGACGACGCAGCAGCAGGCAGCGGCUAAGAAGCCCGCGCUGGGUGAGGACGACGAGUUUGAGGAUUUCCCCGUCGACGAUUGGCCCCAGGAAGAGACCGAGGCGGCUGCUGGAGGCAGUGGCUCGACGCAGCACCUGUGGGAGGAGAGCUGGGACGACGAUGACACGAGCGACGACUUCUCGGCGCAGUUGAAGGAGGAGUUGAAGAAGGUCGAGGCAUCCAAGAGACGAUGA